AUGUUUCCCCCGAGUCGAGGUCCGAGUCGAGGUCCGCCCCCACUGGUGCCAAUUGCCCAGUUGUCAUCCUCCUCAAGGUCCUCUGCCUCGGCACACCCACCUUCCAGGUCCCCUCAGUCGGAGAAGCUCACUUUGCCCGAGCUUCUGGAACGUAUCAAGGAUGAGUGCAGAGAGCUCCAAACACAGAACCACAGUCUGAAGGUGGAGGUGGAGAAGCUGCUGAGGGAGAAGUCUGAGAUCCAGAGGCACUAUGUGAUGUCCUACGAGAGGAGCUACGGCCUCAACGUGGAGAUGCGCAGACAGACAGAGAUCAGCAAGCGGCUCAACAGGCUGUGUUCCCAGAUGAUCCCCUACCUGCCAAGAGAGCAUCAGCAGCGGCUGCUCCUGUCCGUCGAAAGCGCCAAGCAGGUGUCUGCAGCAGAUGUCAGCGUAGGCCUAGGGGGCUUGCCGAUACCCCUACCGCCACCACCACAUCCUCACCCCAUCCUGCCUUGCCUGCCCUUCCUGCCCAGGCACCAGGCCCCCGCCCAUGAGACCCCCGGUCCCGACACCCUCUUGGCUCACUGCAGAGGUCCUGUACUGUGCUUUGUGUUCCCACUGACCUCUGCUCUUGACGUCUUUCUGUCUCGCUGCACAAAGGAUUCGGAGCUCCAGCUGUGCCGGACGCCGAGAGAGCGGGGGGGGGCGGGCUCUCAGUCUAAUGAGACCAGCGGUCAUCCUAACGGUCAUCUGGCAGACCAGCACCACAGAUUGAAGAGAUGCAAGACAGAACUUGGGUCCCCUGUGGAUUUUGAGAGUCCUUCGGAACCGCCCCGACCCCCUGGGGGGGGCGGGGGCGAGAGGCUCCCGCAGACCUCCUGUCUCUGUUUUCCCCCUCAGAGCGGCAAUGCUAACAAGAACAAUGAUCAGCUGGGUGAGGUUAAGGACCGUGCAGCCCUGCACUCCUCUUCCUCAUCCUGUGAGAACACCCUGGACCAGGAGAGCUCUGCCGAGGCCAGCCUCUCCUCCCUGGCGUCCUCUCUGAGCAGCUGGACUCCGUGUGACGGCAGGGAGCCCUCGCUGAGCGAGAAGUCCGGCACCCCAUCGAUAAAGUCCGACACUCUGGUUUCCUUGGAAACGUUCUCCCCCAUCCGCAAUGCUUCUGCCUUGUCCCGCGUAGCCCCUGACAUGACCCUGAGGGACCUUGUCGUGAAUGUGAGCCCCCCGCUGCCGGCAGAGGGAGCCCCGCUCCAAGGUGCUUCGAGAUCGACGCCCCACGAAGUGAAUGGAGAAGUGGGUGGGGCUCUAGUGUACAGGGAAGGGAUGGACCUCCUGUCACCCCAGUUGAGCAGCGGCAUGGGAUAUAACCCUUCUCCCAGGGUUGGGUUCAAAUCGCCCCACCACUGGCGCUCCUUCGGCCUUCCUGCCUGCAUGUAUUCAGCUGCCUCUAGGAAGCAGUCGUACUCUUUCCUUGUGAAGGGGGAUGGACAAGUACAGCCCAUCGGCUUUCCUGCCAAUCCCCUGGUGUGUCCAGAUGUCCCGCGCCACGCCCGGCAGAUCCACAUCCUGCCUCAUGGAGAGGUGGUGAGUGCCAUUGCCAUCAGCACCUCGUCCCACCAGGUCUACACUGGUGGUAGGGGCUGCGUGAAGGUGUGGGACAUCACCAAGCCCUGCAGCAGGAACCCCGUCUCCCAGCUGGACUGUCUGAACAGAGACAUCUACAUCCGUUCCUGUAAGCUCCUCUCAGAUGAGCAGACCCUGAUUAUGGGAGGUGAAGAUGGGACCCUGUCCAUCUGGGACUUGACCUCACCCACACCACGCAUCAAGACAGAGCUGACCUCCUCUGCCUCUUCCUGUUAUGCUCUGGCCAUCAGCCCUGACAGCAAGGUCUGUUUCCUCUGCAGCAGCAACAGUGGUAUUUUGGUCUGGGACCUGCACAACAAUACUUUAGUCAGGCAGUUCCAGGGCCACGUGAGUGGGGCCAGCUGCAUUGACAUUGCCAACGAUGGGGUCAAGGUGUGGACUGGGGGGCUGGACAGAACAGUGCGCUGCUGGGACCUGAGAGAAGGGCAACAGCUGGAACGGCGCGACUUCCCCUCUCCGGUUUUGUCCCUGAGCUACUGUCCUACGGGAGACUGGCUGGCUGUGGGCAUGGACAAUAGCUGGAUAGACAUGAUGCACGUCUCCAAUCCCGACAAGUACCGGGUGCACCUGCACGAGAGCAGUGUGCUGUCGCUCAAAUUCUCCAACAGCGGUAAAUGGUUUGCAAGCACAGGGAAGGACAAUCUUGUGCACAUCUGUCGCUCCCCUUAUGGAGUUAAUGUCUUCCAGGCGAUGGAGUCCUCCUCUGUGCUCACUUGUGACAUCUCUCGGGAUGACCAGGUCAUGGUCACAGGCUCUGGGGACAAGGUGGCCACGGUGUACGAGGUGCUUUUCUGAAGGAUGGGCCUUUGACCUCUGCAUACCAGGUUCAUCCUGAUGCAUCUUAUGGCCUGAGGGGGUGUGAUCCAGGAAGUUGGGGAAGACCUCUUGUUUUACGAACGAUAUUGACAUGGAGGGCAGCCUCCUCCUGUGGAAGUCUGGUCUGAUUUCACAGCUGGGGUGGGAAUGUCCUGAACCACAACCCCCCCCCAGAAGGACCAUGUUUUAAACUUUUGCUUUGAAGAAUAACCAUUGUAUGAAGGGGCUUUUAAAGACUGGUUUGCUGACAGAGGUGGGCAUGGAGAUGGGUGCACGUAUUCAGCCUGCCUCAGUGUCGUGUUUCCACGAGCUCACACUGGUCCACUGGGAUAUGUGGACACCCCCCCCAUGCCCACUGACCAGUGCAGUUGCUGCAGCUCUAAGCCUGCUUUGCCCUGCAGCAACUAGACUUUUGUUCUCCUCAAUGUUUUAAAUGCAUUAAUUAAGGGUUAAAGCAUCUCUGCUCAGGUAAUACUCUGCUAGACUAAUCUUGCUUAAUUUGUCUCAAGAAUUCAGUUUGUUUGCACUACAGAUGUCCUCCAAGGCCUUCGGGUUCGAGUCCUGGACUUUCCCUCCAGUUGGAGAUCUAAGUCCUCUACAUGUCUCACUUAUAAUUAAUGUAUCCCCCUGUUUUAAAAUCCCAUAUUUAUUCCCCUCCCUUGUUUCAGUCCUUUCUGUAAGCUCUGACUUUAUAAUGGAGUUUUUAAAAAAUUAAAAUGGCAUGAGUGUGGGGAUUGUCAGGCCUGAAACAAAAUCUUAGGGGCACUAAGGUGCUCCUGUUUCAGCACACCAGUCCUGAUGGGAUGCAUAGGUGGUGCCUUCAGAGUCACUGCGGUGCCAGGGAAUCUUCACCUUCCAUCCCUUGGCUCUGUAGGUGUGAAAGCACAAUGAUAUUCACUUUGGUCAGAGCUGAAGAAAUGAAAUGAGACUGGGAAAGUGUAGUUGUGCAGGGA